CGGAUGCAGUGAAUCGAAACUUGUUGAAGAGGAAAAGUGACGACAGUAUUCGAAAAACCCCACCAAUGGCUUGAAGAAAAAGAAAAGCUCUCCUAUUUAUUUUUUUUUCACGGUCUCACUCCGGAACUGAAAUCAGAGAGAGUGAGGCAUUUGUAGUGCGAAUCGUAAAACGACGACGUUAAGAUGUUUAGGAAUCAGUACGAUACGGAUGUGACGACGUGGAGUCCGGCGGGGCGAUUGUUCCAGGUCGAGUACGCCAUGGAAGCUGUCAAGCAAGGCUCUGCCGCCAUAGGGCUCCGAUCUAAGACCCAUGUGGUAUUGGCCUGUGUCAACAAGACCAAUUCCGAGCUUUCUUCUCACCAGAAGAAGAUCUUCAAGGUCGAUGACCACAUCGGCGUCGCCAUUGCCGGUCUCACAGCUGACGGUCGAGUUCUCUCCCGCUACAUGCGAUCCGAGUGCAUCAACUAUAACUACACCUACGAAUCGCCACUCCCCGUCGGCCGACUCGUUGUUCAACUCGCCGAUAAGGCCCAGGUGUGCACUCAACGCUCAUGGAAACGACCUUAUGGUGUUGGAUUGCUAGUUGGUGGGUUGGAUGAGUCUGGAGCUCACCUCUAUUACAACUGCCCAAGUGGUAACUACUUUGAGUAUCAGGCUUUUGCCAUAGGGUCUCGUUCACAAGCUGCAAAAACGUAUUUGGAACGCAGGUUUGAGAGCUUCAAGGACUCAUCACGGGAGGAUUUGAUAAAAGAUGCACUCAUUGCAACUAGGGAGACCUUGCAGGGAGAAAAGCUGAGGAGUUCCAUCUGCACAAUUGCUGUGGUAGGAGCCGGAGAGGCAUUCCACAUAUUAGAUCAGGAUACUGUCCAACAGUUGAUUGAUGCAUUUGAGAUUGUGGCAGAGGAAGAGGUUCCUGCCACCGAGCCUGGUGCUGAUGCUGAUCAAGAUGCUGCACCAGUGGAGGGUACUGCACCAGCAGAGGGUGCUCCUGCUGACCAGGGGGCUGCAGCUGAAGAAGGUGCGGCUCCUAUGGAUAUUUGAGGAUGCUAUAAACCAAUUUUCUAACAUGUAUUUGUUAGAUUACACUGAUGGUACAAUUGAAAAUGACAUUUUAUUGCUGGAUUACCCUUUACUCUUCUCUGUCCUUCCAGGGUGGUUUAUUUAUCGUUGCCUCAUCUAUGCGAACAGUCAAAUGGUUGCCAUUGGUGAACUUAAAUCUAAUUUAUCCUCUAUACUAGUUAUAAGUACUGAACUUGUUGGAUAUGCUCGAUUUCAUUUUGCAUAUGCUAUACAUUAUGCAGGUAGUUUUUUGUUUGGAAAA